AUGUCUACUACCACCACCACCACCACAACAGCAGCAGUAGAUCAACAGGAUCCUAUCGUGAUUAAACGAAAGCGCAUCAUCUUCGUGCGCCACGCAGAGUCCGAGUGGAAUGUUAUUUUUAAUCGCGGCUUGAAUUGGCGUGCGUUUGUCAGUCUCCUCCGUGCAGUGGUGCGUGAGUGGCUUUUGCUGCUUACAGGUGACUCCUUGUUCCUGGACUCACCGCUGAGUCGACGCGGUUGUGUCCAGGCCCAAAGUCUGCAUGAUUACGUUUACGAGACGUUGCUUGGAAGAGGUAGUGACGGUGACAAAAAUGCAGGAGCGUUGACACCAGUAGGAAACGCACUCUACCACUCGUCGCUUCAGAUGGGAGAUAGCUCGUUACUGCGAUAUCUGUGCUUUCCACUGCCCGAUAGUAUGGUGGUCACGUCCAAUCUACGACGUACCAUUGACACGGCACGCAUCGCGUCGGCAUCGAGACUGAAGGUGCCAGGAGAAAAGAUUCACGUGCUGUCGUGCUUACAGGAGAUUGGCCGUAACUUUGAUACGCUUGCCAUUAGUCUGCCACAUGCGGUUCCACCACAAGACGUGCUGGUAGAGUUACCACGUGGAGAGAAAAGUCAAGACGAGCUGUUUGAUGUGGCGGAGAGCCAUGGUAACAAAGCGGUGCUAGGCAGUGGCCGCGACCGUCUGCUAUUGUUUGCGCAAUGGGUUUUCAAGCAGCGAAAGGAGGUAGUGAUUGUGUACGGUCACUCGUUGUGGUUUCGUGCAUUUUGUUGCGAAUUCUUUCCUCGUGACGUGUACCACGAGGCCAAGUCAAGCAAGAUGCGCAAUUGUGGUGUAGUCACGUUUUUGCUAGAAGAGCACAGUAGAGGUGGAGGUCGUAGUGCCCAUUUCAACAUCCAGCCCGAGAGCUUUCAGCAUCUUGUCUAA